CCUUGACAACGGCAAAACUCGGGCCCGUUUAUCCCCUAACCCCUGCCAACUUCAAAUGCAAGUAAUCCUUGCAGCAUUCUGAUCGGUCACAGAAUGCCCUUGCACCGAGUCAACAGUACAUAGUAUGUAACUGCCGCUCAUCAAUAUUGCCACAGGCUAACUAGGUGCUGCGUAGUGACGGUAUACAAAGUCGAUUGCUUUUCGAAUUCAAUUGCAUCAAUCCUCAAUCGCUAGCUGGGCUUCUGCUUGUAUCUGCACCUGUAGCCUCAUCUGACGUCGUACGACGUUGGUGCACUACGUGUGCGUCCUGAGACGAUUUGGAGAUCCAAGCUUCUUGCGACAUUCAUUCUUCAAAACAGCAGCUUGUUGGGCCCGUUUUUACCAUCAAAACAGUACAUCUUCACAUCGGCCCGGGUGUCUCAACGCCCAAAAGCCUACAUACAUGACGGCUGGGUAAUCGUCCAAGUCAUCCACUUGACAGCUAUCAUGGAUGGUCAAAACCAGCUCAAGCCGGACGGCGAGGAUAAGGCACUCAAGCACCAGAGUCUCGAUUUCGUGACUUUGGGCAUGUUCAUAAUUGAUGACAUCGAGUAUCUGCCUCCAACGCCGCCGGUAAAGGACAUCCUCGGAGGUGCAGGGACUUACUCGGCUCUCGGCGCCAGGCUCUUUUCGCCCCCGCCGCUCUCCACUUCGGUAGGGUGGAUCAUCGAUCAAGGCUCCGACUUCCCGCCGGCGCUGACGGAGCUGAUUGACACUUGGGAAACAUCGCCCCUGAUCCGGCGUACUCCGGAACGGCUAACAACCCGGGGCUGGAAUGGCUACGAUGAGCAUCAAAACCGCGCCUUUAAGUAUAUGACACCAAAGAAGCGACUUACGGCCGAAGACCUCACGCCCUCGUUGUUAGCCUCGAGGUCGUUUCAUCUCAUAUGUUCUCCGUCCAGAUGCCGGCAACUUGUCAUGGAGAUCAAGGAACGGCGAUCCGGGCUGGCCACCCCCGACGGCAGUGGACUCCCCAAGCCUAUCUUCAUUUGGGAGCCAGUUCCGGACCUUUGUGUGCCGGAUGAGUUGCUUAAUUGCACCAACACACUUCCCCUAAUCGAUAUUUGCAGCCCGAAUCACAACGAAUUAGCUGGCUUCAUGGGCGAUACCGGUCUCGACCCAGAGACGGGCGAGAUUAGCACUGCCGCAGUUGAACGCUCAUGCGAGCAGCUUCUUGGAUCUAUGCCGCUACAGUCCUUCGCCUUGGUCGUACGAGCUGGAGAGAAAGGGUGCUACAUAGCGCGCAACGGCGGCCGCAAGAGAAAGGGGGGCUCGUUAGAAAAACGGAAAAAGCCGUCGGCCUUGAUGCAUGGCGGAUUGCAACAUGACACCGACAUGGAGGCUCUAUUUGCCGGUCUACUCCAGGAUCGUGAUGGUAUGGUGGUAGAAGAGGAAAUUGAGGUCGAUCCCGGAGUUGAGCGCUGGAUACCGGCGUACCACAUCGAGAAAGAAAAGGUCGUCGAUCCUACUGGAGGUGGCAACACAUUCCUCGGGGGGUUUGCGGUUGCUCUUGCGAGGGGGGAAGCCCUGGAGACGGCCGCCGCGUGGGGAAGUGUUGCGGCUAGCUUUGCGAUUGAGCAAGUGGGCACGCCUACGCUGGGGAAAGACGAGGAAGGAAAGGAAACUUGGAACGGUAUCUGCGUUGAUGACAGGUUCGAAGAGUUCAAGGCGCGCUUGGAUACGAUCCCGGCGUAAACUGCUAGGGUACCUGCAUCCUUUCUUACCAGGAGCUAAAACGGUUACGGUUCGGUUAUAGAAGGGGUUGACAAGAGUCUGGAUACGGCAUAGAGGGUUUUGAACGGCUUGAUCAGGGACUUAUGCACUCAGAUGUGCAGUAUACUCGGGCAUGAUGAGAGUCUGACGGCGCUCUAGUGUUGCUAUUUUCCCUUACUGAGAUUAUAAUUUGCGCAGACAUGCUGUUUUUUGGCCUUUUUAUCAUUCAGGAUGAUUCUUUUAGUCCAUUAAUCCAGCCAUGGCACAAUUACAAUAUUGUCAAAGUUUCCCACUUGACUUGCUACAUGGCAGCGAUGAGAAUGGAUCAUUUCGAAGGUACUGGGUAUUGAAGUUGAGCUGCAGUUUGCACGGUA